AUGUCUUUUUCUUUCUUUCUUUUCUUUCUUUCUUUUCUUUCUUUUCUUUGUAUGACUUUUCUUUUACCUAUUCUUUUUCCUCUUUCUUUCUUUCUUUCUUUCUUUCCUUGUUCUAUGACCUUUCUUUUACCUAUUCUUUGUGCAUCCUAUGUCUUUUCUUUCUUUCUUUCUUUCUUUCUUUCUUUCUUUCUUUCUUUCUUUCUUCCCUACCUUGUGUAUGACUUUUCUUUUUACCUAUUCUUUGUGCAUCCUAUGUCUUUCUUUCUUUCUUUCUUUCUUUCUUUCUUUCUUUCUUUCUUUCUUCCCUACCUUGUGUAUGACUUUUCUUUUUACCUAUUCUUUGUGCAUCCUAUGUCUUUCUUUCUUUCUUUCUUUCUUUCUUUCUUUCUUUCUUUCUUUCUUUCUUUUUUCUUUUUACCUAUUCUUUGUGCCUCCUAUGUCUUUUCUUUCUUUCUUUUUUUCUUUAUUUCUUUGUUCAUCCUUUUCCCUUUCUUUUAUUUCUUUUUCUUUUACUUUCUUUUCUUCCUUUCUUUCUUUUUCUUUCCCUACUUUGUGUAUGACUUUUCUUUUUUCCCUAUUCUUUGUGCAUCCUUUUCUUUUUACCUAUUCUUUCUUCCUAUGUCUUUCUUUCUUUCUUUCUUUUCUUUCUUUCUUUCUUUCUUUCUUUCUUUUCCUACCUUGUGUAUGACUUUUUUUUUUUUCUACCUAUUCUUUGUGCAUCCUAUGUCUUUCUUUCUUUCUUUCUUUCUUUCUUUCUUUCUUUUCUUUUCUUUCUUCUUCCUACCUUGUGUAUGA